AUGAAUCUUUUAGUCAGACUAACGAGACCAAUCAUUUCUUUCUGAUCUAUCUUGUCGAUUCUAACCGUUGCUUCAGCAGAUUUGCUCUCUUCGGCCACAAUUGAAUCUUGUAGAAUGGACUCAUCGACAGGCACUUCCAACUUAGAGAGUAUCGAUAAUUGCCAAGAGAAGCUAGUCAUGUUGUUAAGCGUCCCAAAUAAUCAGCUGAACACAUCUCAAACUUUAGUAGCUACAUUGACAGAUGUGAAUGAGACCGAUGGAAGCGUCCGUAAACUUGAAGAUGUGGUUAAGAUUGGGAUUUCCAAGUCAGAGACUCGGUAUAAUUAUCCUUUAGUGUAUAAGCAGGACUUUAACUUCCUGCCAUAUGAAGCUUAUGUAGAAUCAAACCUCUUCACUUGUAGUGAUGAUCUUUAUGAUAAUAGCCCUGACUGUGGAUGGGCUAUGGAUUCCAAUAACCAGCGUAUAACUAAUAGCCAAGGAUUCUGAUGCUCUUGAGAUUUCUUAGAUUUGAUCGGAAUUGAUGAUUCUUUCAAAAGAGGGUCUUCAUGCCAAUCAUUGAAUGCCUUCUCAGGAUCUGCAACAGCCCAUUGACUUCGAUUCAAUAAUGUCUACUACCAUGGAUACGAAGUUCAAGAGCCAGUCUUGAAUUAUGAAAUUGAUGUUGGCUUCAUUGUCAAUUAUAAAGAGGAAGGAAAGAGCACAGAAUCUGACUACCUCUAUGUCAGCCCUUCACGAGUCGGAGAUAACAGUGAGAAAAUGAAGGCGGUUGUCUCUAUUGUGGGUGACCUGCAAGAAUCAGAGACAAUUCCUCAGCUUACUCAUCAAGUUUUGCUCAAGCCAAAUACUCUUACUACAAAUGAUCAGUUUUCAUUUACUCAGAUGAACUACUGGCUCUUGGUUCAUCGAGAUAUGAUCACAUUCGAUGGCAGUGAGUGAAACAAGAUUGGUGUUGGUUACACAGCAUAUCAGACACAGGGCUCAAAGUGUAAAGUUCCAGUUGGGUCAUGUCUCCAGAACCAAAUCUCCCACAUCUUGCUAGAAGAUCUUGAGAAAGCACAGAAUGGUCAGACCCCAGAGUAUCUAGUGACUGGUCAAUUUUUACCAGAGAAUAUUGAUUUUAGGCAAUCUUUAUCGACACAAAAGCUGUAUCUUUCUUAUGAGACCACUGGAAUUCAGACAACUCUACUCAGGAUUGAGAUGAGUGCUGAUGACCUCAAAUUCUAUCUCGCUGUAGCCACUGGAGAAAUAACUUCUGCAGCUAUCAGAAAUGACAACUUCGAGGCGAUGGCUGCUGAUGGCUAUAUUGACUUUGAGAUUCAGAAUACUGAUAGUCUUGACGCUUCUUUUUAUGUUGAACUGGAGAAUUGUACUAAUGAAGUCUUGUCGGUCCCAUCUCAGCAAGUAUAUUUGGAAUCUCAACAGAAGCAUGAAUCAAGCUUUAAGAUACAUACAACGAUGACUGAGGGGCUUAACUACACAUGCUUCGUAAUCCUCAAAGAUGCAAAUCACUCCAGGAUUGAUGAACAAGAGGUUGGCUUCUCAACAUCAGCUCAAGUAAACGAAACAGUUGAUCAAGGUGACUCUGGGGGUCAACUUAAAGGUGAACCCGCAGUGCAAGAACCCAAUAACUCUGGUGGAAGCUGUGGCUCGUGCAUGCUAAUGGUACCUUUCUUGUGCUAUUUCAUGAACAUGUGCAUCCUCAAGGCUUUAAUCACUAUCGCUUUCAUUAUUGUAGGGAUUCUCUUCCUUGUGUUAUCAUGAAAAUACUGUAAAUGCUGCUACAAGUACUUAUUUUGUGGCUGGUUUUAUAUCUGCAAAUCAAUGAAACCAUGGAAAUGCUUGAAAUGAACUAGAAAGAAGGCUAAAAGACAAGAGAAAUAUAAAGAUGAAAUGUUUGAAUAAUUCACCUGUAGAGACCAGACUCUU